CCUACACUGAACAAUAUGAAUACAGGACAGUUUCAUCUUGUGACAACAUAUAAUAAAUAUUUUCAGGUAUAUAUUGGUUGUGGGUGUAACACAGACUGUUUCUGUACACUAUAUAUUAAACCAGACCUGCGAGACUUGACAAGAGGAGAAGUUGUGACCAACUUGAGAAAGGUAUACAAGAAGGGAGAUAAAUCAGCAUUAGACAGUCUGUCUAUGAAUCAGAUCACUGUGUUCCUCGGUCAUAAUGGUGCUGGAAAAACAACAACUAUGUCAAUAUUAACAGGCAUGUUCCCGCCCACAUCUAGUACUGCUACCAUAUAUGGUCAUAAUGUGAUGUCAGAUAUGGAUACUGUAAGACAGGAUCGAGGGAUGUGUCCGCAAUAUAAAGUUCUGUUUGAAAGUUUGAAUGUGGAAGAACAACUUUGGUUUUAUUCACGUUUGAAGGGUGUUCCAGCUAGAGAUAAACAAGAUAAUAUUCCAAGAAUAUUGUCAGAUCUCAGCUUAGAGAACAAAGGGGAUUCACACCCAGAUGAACUCUGGAGGCAUGCAGAGGAAACUUUCUAUAGCUAUAGCAUUUGUUGGAGGAUCACGCACAGUGAUCUUGGACGAGCCUACUGCCAGUGUCGACCCCUACUCGCCUAAAGCCAUCUGGAAUCUACUCACUUAAUACAAGACAGGUAUAGUUGAAGUGAUGAUUGUAAUUUCAGUUGAGUUAUUUUCCUUA